AUUUUCCCGAGGGUUCUAUAGUCUGUCCUCUAUAUAGUCUGGCAGGGGGAAGCCUAACGAUUAGGGUUAUUGUGAGUUAUAGCACGAAGCUUUUCUACUGUGAAAUCUCUGUUCUAUUCGUGCCUCUGUGCUUCCAAUCUUUGAGCUAUCAGCGAGUCGAUUGCUCAGAAGGAUGAUAUACGACGUGAACUCACCACUAUUCAGGUCUUUCCUCUCACAGAAGGGAGGUGCUACUGCGGAAAAAAGGAAAAAUGAAGACCAGAAGCCUAAGGAGCAGAGGCCAAAGGCGAGUGAGAACAAGCCAGUGAUGAAUGAAUGAAACUAAAAAGGAACUUCUUGUUAAUAUGGUUUUAUGUUUGAGCCAAAAAAUAAUGGAACCAUUUUAAUAUGUAACACAGAAAGCUUGAAACUUGUUUUCUGGCAAACUCAUUUACCAUUGUGAUGUUUAUUUGUUCUAAAAAAUUUAAGAAAAGUCAUCAGCUUUAAUUUUCUCA